GAGAGUGAGAGCUCGUUCAUGGCGACUACGCCCCUGCGUUGUUGAGGAGAUCGCAAUGCGAGGAGGGAUCCCCGAGAGUCGAGGAUCAAUGGCCUCGUCUCCUCCCCCCUCCCGAGUCUCUCUCCAUGAUCGCCUCCACCGGGACCUCUCCCCCGCUUUGUUACAAAACCCCUCCACUCCCUCCUCCUCCUCCUUCUCCAACACCAUCGCCACCAUUCCCCUGCCAAAGAGGAGGAAGAAGAAGAGGACGAGGAAGAAGAGAUAAGACGAAUCGGUUGUAGUUUAUAGCACAAUCGCCAUUGUUUCGCCUCAAUGGACGAUCCGAUUGGAACGGAAGUACAGGACCAAGUGUGCCUAGUUUGUCAAAGUUGGCUAGGGCUUUAUCAAGGUGAGAAGCUACUUGUUGCUUGUGAGGGGUGUGGAUUCCCAGUUUGCGGAGCCUGUUAUGUGGUAAUAUUGAAAGCAGGGAGCCAACAAUGCCCAAAAUGCAAUAGCCUUUACAGGAGGCAAACAGGUUCUUAUCCAACUGUUGAUAAUGAAAGACAAUCUACUGCUGAUAUCUCUACUUCAUACUUGAGUUACAUCCUUGAUUCAGACAAUUCAGGAAGCUCGUCAACUAAUGGAGGUUUACGCAGUUCUGUAAACUGUGAAGUGCAAGAUAUAACUAACAACUCAGCGUCUCCAACAAAAACAAGUGUUUCAAUUGAUGUUCCUCAAAGGAGAACUGUACAAAAGCCUCAAAGGGUAUAUACGGAGCUACCUUCACAAUUCAUCAAGGCCGUUGCUUUCUCACAUCAUAAAUUUUGCAUUUGGAGUUGGAAGAAAGCUAGGUCAACACGACCGCCAAAACUGUCAGUCUUUGUGAAUGUUAAAUCUCAUAUUUAUUCAGAAAAGAUUCAGCAGCAAAAGAGCACUGAACAGAAGAUGUCAUCGCCAGGAAGAGACCAAGAGACUCUACUUGAAGAAGAUGAUUCCUGUUAUAUUUCAGAAAGGGAACUCAACGAAAUAAAGAAGCACGAGGAAUUUCGUCAGCCUCUUUCACGAAAGGUGCCGGUCCCCUCCUCAAAGAUCAGUCCAUACAGGGUUGCUGUGAUAUUCAGGCUUGUAGCUUUAGCAUUCUUUUUCCGAUACCGACUGCUUUACCCAGUCAGUGAUGCACAUGGGCUCUGGUUAACUUCAGUCAUCUGCGAAGCCUGGUUUUCUUUCUCCUGGCUUCUGGAACAGCUUCCUAAAUGGAAACCGAUUAAAAGAGAAACUUAUACCCAACGCUUAUCUUUUAGGUAUAAUCUUCCUGGAGAACCAAGUGAAGUUGCUUCCAUUGAUGUUUUUAUUGGUACUGUGGAUCCGAUGAAAGAGCCUCCUCUUGUCACAUCAAAUACCGUGCUCUCGAUUCUUGCCAUUGAUUAUCCGGUGGAAAAGGUCACAUGUUAUGUUUCAGAUGAUGGAGGUUCAAUGUUGACCCUUGAAACUCUAAGGGAAACAUGCCAGUUUGCUAGGACUUGGGUGCCCUUCUGUAAGAAGUUUAAUAUUGAACCCAGAGCUCCUGAAUAUUACUUCUCGCAGAAAGUGGACUAUCUAAAACACAAUAUAUUUCCAUCAUUUGUUACGGAAAGAAGGACAAUGAAGCGGCAAUAUGAGGAAUUCAAAGUCCAAAUCAACGGCCUGGUCGAGAAGUUCCAAAAUACUCCACGUGACUGUUGGAUCAUGACUGAUGGCAAUCCAUGGCCCGGCACUGACUCUCAAAACCAUCCCGGAAUUUUACAGAUUCUAUUGGGCCACAAUGUGCCAAAUGAUGCCGAAGAAGAACUUCCACAGCUUGUCUAUAUAUCCCGUGAAAAGCGCUCUGGUUUCCAUGAUAACAAGAUGGCAGGAGCCAUGAAUUCUCUGCUUCGAGUUUCGGCACUUCUCACUAAUGGGGCUUAUAUACUGAAUCUCAAUUGCAAUCACUAUGUGAACAACAGCAAAGCUUUUUUGGAAGCCAUGUGCUUUAUGAUGGAUCCUAAUAUUAAAGAGAAGGCAUGCUUUGUUCAGUUUCCUCAGAGAUUUAAUGGUGGCGAUGCAAGUGAUAGUUCUAAUCACAGUACUGUCUUCUACGAUGUAAAUCUGAAGGGCCUUGAUGGUAUACAGGGACCAUUUUUUGUUGGCACGGGAUGCUUCUUUAAUAGAAAGGCUUUGUAUGGUUAUGACCCUCCUAUGGAACCAAAAUCGAGCAUCUUAAACUGGUACAAACCAGUAAAGGAUAAAUUGAUUGACAGCAAUGAUCAUUGUGCCUCUACUGUUGAUCUCGAGGCAAACACUACGGACAAUACGGAACCAACCACUCCUGAUAUUAAGUGCACGUCUCUUUUCCAAGGCUUAAAGCAAUAUUUUGGCCAAUCGCCAACUCUUAUAGCUUCAAUUAUUGUCAAGAACGCUACACUUUCAAUGUCUGCAGCACCAGAAGAUCUACUAAAAGAAGCAAUUACUGUUAUGAGCUGUGAUUAUGAAGAGAAUACGGCAUGGGGAAGAAAGAUUGGUUGGAUAUAUGGCUCUCUGACUUCAGACAUACUAACAAGUCUCAAAAUGCAUGUUCGAGGAUGGAGGUCAAUUUAUUGCACGCCUCACCGUCCCGCUUUUAUUGGAACUGCACGGGUCAACCUUUCUGACCGCUUGACUCAAUUACUCCAAUGGGCUCUUGGCUCCAUGGAGAUUCUUUUCAGUCGGCAUUGCCCGAUUUGGUAUGCAUACGGCAGCAGGCUCAAGUGGUUAGAAAGAAUUGCGUACAUCAACGCUACCAUUUAUCCACUCACUUCCAUUCCACUUGUUAUAUACUGUACCGUACCAGCUAUCUGCCUUAUUACUGGAAAGUUCAUCAUUCCACCUAUUAGCGAUAUCAGAAGCAUCUGGCUCGCAGUACUCUUAAUUUCAGUUUUCACGACCGGGCUUCUAGAAUUGAGGUGGAGUGGGGUUGGAACAGAGGAAUGGUGGAGAAGCCAGCAAUUUUGGGUGAUAGGAGGGGUUUCCUCCCAUUUAUUUGCAAUUAUUUAUGCACCAGUUAAAAUUUUAUUAGGUAGAAAAGCAAAUCUAACUGUGUUAACUGGGAAAUUCACUGUGGAUGAUCUCAAGGAGCUCUAUGCCUUACGAUGGACUUCUCUUUUGGUUGUCCCAACAACGAUAAUUAUCAUCAAUCUAUGGGCUAUGAUUUCUGGGAUUUCAUCUGCGAUAAAUAACGAACAUGGAUCUUGGAGUCUAAUGUUCAUAAAGCUGUUCUUCUCAUUCACGGUGAUCUUCCAUCUAUAUCCGUUCUUGAAAGGCUUGUUGGUCCACCAGCAAAAAGUUCCCACCAUUGUUGUAAUUUGGUCACUUCUUCUUGCUACCAUAUUUUCUAUGUUGUGGGUUCGGGUCAAUCCUUUUGUCACAAGGUUUACUGGACCAAAUGUUGAGGAUUGUGGUAUCUAUUGUUAAGAUUGAGUUCAAACUACGAGAACCAAUAUUUCACUAA